GUGGAGCGGCGCUCCCCUGCCAGAGGUAUCCGAGCCGUGGAGACUUGUGGUUUCUCUGACUUUGUGGUCUGAGGCGGCAGCACUGAUCAUGGAGACCGGUGCCUCCCGCGAGCCCGAGACGGCCGAAGUGCUGCCCCAGCACAAGUUCGACUGCAGGUCUCUGGAGGCCUACCUACACCAGCACUUGCCCGGCUUUGGGGUCGAGCCCGAGGCCAAGCUGACCGUUGCCCAAUACAGAUCAGGACAGUCCAAUCCAACCUUUUAUCUCCAGAAGGGCUUUCAAGCAUAUGUACUCAGAAAAAAACCACCUGGUUCACUUCUUCCUAAAGCACAUAAGAUUGAUAGAGAAUUUAAAGUCCAGAAAACUUUGUUUUCAAUUGGAUUCCCCGUUCCCAAACCUUUAUUGUACUGCAGUGAUGCUUGUGUCAUUGGAACAGAAUUUUAUGUGAUGGAACAUGUACAGGGCCGAAUCUUUCGUGAUUUCACAAUUCCUGGAGUUAGCCCAGCAGAACGCUCAGCCAUAUAUGUGGCCAUAAUAGAAACCUUGGCUCAGUUACAUUCCUUGAAUAUACAGUCACUGCAGCUGGAAGGAUAUGGUAGAGGUGCUGGGUACUGCAAAAGACAGGUAUCAACCUGGACAAAGCAAUAUCAAGCUGCAGCUCAUCAGGAUAUCCCUGCCAUGAACCAACUAUCUGACUGGCUAAUGAAAAACUUGCCAGAUAAUGACAAUGAAGAAAAUUUGAUUCAUGGAGAUUUCAAACUAGAUAACAUAGUUUUUCACCCUAAAGAGUCUCGAGUUGUAGCUGUACUAGAUUGGGAGCUUUCAACCAUUGGUCAUCCUCUGUCAGACUUGGCUCAUCUCUCUAUGUUCUACUUUUGGCCAAGGACCAUUCCAUUGUUAAGUCAAAGUCCUCAUUUGCAAGAAAACACAGGGAUACCAUCAAUGGAAGAACUGAUUUCAAUAUAUUGCCGCUGCAAGGGAAUUAAUUCUAAUCUUCCUAACUGGAAUUUCUUUCUUGCCCUUUCAUAUUUUAAAAUUGCUGGAAUAGCACAGGGAGUAUAUAGUAGAUAUCUUCUGGGAAAUAAUGCAUCUGAAAGUAGCUUUCAGUUUGCCAAUAUUGUGCAACCUCUGGCAGAAACUGGAUUACAACUCUCAAAAAGAACUUUCAGUACUGCACUUCCACAGACUGAUACUACCAGACAAUUGUUUGUACAGACUAGGACAGGCCAGGAAGUUCUUACUAGGGUGAAGCAGUUCAUGAAACAACACAUCCUCCCAGCUGAAAAGGAGGUAAUUGAGUUCUAUGUUCAAAAUGAAAAUUCAGUAGACAAGUGGAAAAAACCUUUAGUGAUUGAUAAACUCAAGGAAAUGGCCAAAGCAGAAGGCCUCUGGAACUUGUUUUUGCCAGCUGUAAGCGGUCUCAGCCAAGUAGACUAUGCCUUGAUUGCUGAAGAAACAGGAAAAUGCUUUUUUGCUCCAGAUGUCUUUAACUGCCAAGCACCAGACACAGGGAACAUGGAGGUGCUUCACCUAUAUGGAAGUGAGAAACAGAAGCAGCAGUGGCUUGAGCCUCUUCUUCAAGGGAGCAUUGCCUCUUGCUUCUGUAUGACAGAGCCCGAUGUAGCUUCAAGUGAUGCCACAAAUAUUGAAUGUAGCAUCCAGCAAGAUGGAGAUAGCUAUGUAAUUAACGGCAAGAAAUGGUGGUGCAGUGGAGCUGGGAAUCCAAAGUGCAAAAUUGCAAUUGUUAUGGGAAAAACUAACAAUAACUGUGUAACCAGACACAAACAACACAGCAUGAUUCUUGUUCCCAUCAACACACCUGGAGUAGAAGUAGUAAGGCCCUUGUCUGUUUUUGGCUACCUGGAUAAUUUCCAUGGAGGACAUUUUGAGAUCCAUUUUAAUCAAGUGCGAGUUCCUGCCACCAAUUUAAUACUAGGUGAAGGUAGGAGAUUUGAAAUUGCCCAAGGCCGCCUUGGACCUGGCAGAAUCCACCACUGUAUGAGAACAAUAGGUUUGGCUGAACGUGCUUUGCAGAUCAUGUGUGAACGGGCAAAACAAAGGGUGGCCUUUAAGAAGAAACUGUAUUCACAUGAGGUGGUGGCUCACUGGAUCGCUGAAAGCCGCAUUGCCAUUGAGGAGAUCCGCUUGUUGACCUUGAAAGCUGCCCACAGCAUUGAUACUCUGGGCAGCUCUGGUGCUAUGAAGGAGAUUGCAAUGAUUAAAGUGGCUGCCCCUCGGGCCGUCUGCAAAAUUGUUGACCAGGCCAUCCAAGUGUGUGGAGGUGCCGGUGUUUCCCACGAAUACCCUCUGGCUAACAUGUAUGCCCUAACGCGAACUUUGCGCUUAGCAGAUGGGCCCGAUGAAGUUCACCUCUCGGCAGUCGCAAAAAUGGAGCUGUGGGACCAAGCCAGAAGCCUGAGGGCCAAGAUGUAGAAUUCAUUGGCUCCAGCAUUUGUAUCUCAUUCAGCUUUUGCAGCAGUUUAAGCACAGGAUUAAUUACUCACUUUGGUAAAGAUUUGAGCAUCUGUUUUAUCAAUGGGUUUUGUCAUUUCAAGGGUCACACUUAAAAUCGUAUAAUU